AUUGCGCCGCCGCCACUCCACCCACUCCCCUCUUCCUCGGGAUCCCCUCCUCAUCGAUUUCAGCUACCAACCAACCAUCGCUCUCUUCUGCUCCUCCUCGAUCCAAGCCCGCACCCGAUCCAAAUCCUCUCAGCCUCCACCAACCGCCGAUCCAUCCAUCUGCGACCGCCGGAUAGAGAUCCGACGGCCACCAGGCGGCCCGCAGCCGAGCCUCUCGCUCCCUCCUCGAUGCAGAUCGAGAGGAGCUCGCUCGAGCUUCACCUCCAGGACCCCGCGCCGCCGAGGAGCCGCCUCAUCGUCGGAAACCAGCGCCGCUCCACCUCGUCUCGCGGCCUCUUCUGCUUCUCCUCGAGCCCGCAGGCACCAACAUCCCCGCGCCAAGCCUCCCGAGCUCGUCCUCCCGUGGAUCCCCUCGGUUCCCUGCGUUGCCGUGUUCGAUUCUCGUUCCAACUUCGUCCACUAGCAGCUUCGGCCACCUCGCCCACAGGAUGUGCUGCCCCUCGCCGUCUUUAUUCCUGCGGUUGCCUCCUUCUCUCUCACGAUCUCCCUCUCUCUCUCUCUCUUGUGCUGCACCAGGGAGCAAAAGCCGCCGCCGCCCAUGGACGUUCUGACGCAGGAGCUCGCUGUCGACCGCGCCCGAUGUCGCCAGCCUCCUGAAUCCGUCGCCGCCGCCAAGUACCUCGCCGGAGAACGGUGCCCCGCACCUGGAACCGCUCGUCUCCGCCGCCGCUGCCGCUCUGAACCUCUCGUCCCGCUGUUGUUUCUGUUCUUCAGAAGACGAGAGCAGCAGCGCCUCGUCCUGCUCCUCGCGUUGACCGCACAUGGCCUCGCCUGGGCCACCCCUCCGGCGCCUCUAGAUCCGGCCCAGCAGCGCCCCGGCCUGCUUCCCCUUCGACUCGGCCCAAGGCCACUAGGAUCUCAGGAAAGAUGACCAUACCCUCGAAAUCACUUCUAUCUUUGCUU